GAACCCCGCCCCAUCCCGCUCCUCGGUUCCUCCGCUGUGCGUGCGAGGGACGUCAGGGGCGGCGCCGCAGCAGUUACCCCUGGUAACGGGGGAGGCAGGAGGAGGAGGCCGAGGAGGAGGGACUCGGCUUGAGGAUGGGUUUGCUCUCUAUUUUGCGCAAAUUGAAAAGUGCACCAGACCAGGAGGUGCGAAUCCUCCUCCUGGGCUUGGACAACGCGGGCAAGACUACCCUGCUGAAGCAACUUGCAUCUGAAGACAUCAGCCACAUCACACCUACACAGGGAUUUAACAUCAAAAGCGUGCAGUCACAAGGUUUUAAGCUGAAUGUAUGGGACAUUGGCGGGCAGAGGAAAAUCAGACCAUACUGGAGAAGUUAUUUUGAAAAUACUGAUGUUCUUAUAUAUGUAAUUGACAGUGCAGACAGAAAAAGAUUUGAAGAGACGGGUCAGGAACUAACAGAAUUACUGGAGGAAGAAAAGCUGAGUUGUGUGCCCGUGCUCAUCUUUGCUAACAAGCAGGAUCUGCUCACAGCCGCCCCGGCCUCCGAGAUUGCAGAAGGGCUAAACCUCCACACCAUCCGGGACCGAGUCUGGCAGAUCCAGUCCUGCUCAGCGCUCACAGGCGAGGGCGUCCAGGACGUGUCACAGCGCUGUGUGGACCGGUCACUCCUGCUCUAGGGUUUUAUCUUCCCUCCCUGCCCUGUGGAUGGCAUGAACUGGGUCUGCAAGAAUGUCAAUGCAAAGAAGAAAUAAAACGGAGGCAGGCGGAUGGUGGCUCGGGGAGCCGGGAGCUGAAGUCAGCCCGAGAAACACGGGGUUGCUGCUUUCUGACCAAAUGCUUUUCCGUCUGUGCACAGCCACAGCUGUGUGGCGGAUGGAGAGGGGACAGCAGCCUGAGAAGGACCCCCAUCCCAGCAGUAGAUUUUAACUGAUCUCAGAGGCUCGGUAUCGGUUUUCAAAUAAAGGAAUUAUAUUAUUUCCUCUGCA